UUGAUAUUUUAAAAUCUUUAAAAUUUAAUGCGUUCAGUUCGCGUUGUCCGCCUUGACUUAAUUUAAAACUUUCGUUGGUUUGCAUUCAAGAUCCAUACUUUUUACUGACCAGGCUCGCGAAAUAUUAGCCAUUAAUAUGCCUUCAACGCUUGAGCUCUGUGAAAAUUUUUAUGGAACUAAAAAUAUAUAUGAAUUGUUCGCGAUAACCAAAAAUGCUUCGGAAAACGACAUUAAGAAAGCGUAUUAUCGUCUCUCGUUGAUUGUGCAUCCAGAUCGAGUUAAGGAAGAAGACAAAAUUGAAGCUACAGAAAAAUUCAAAGUUCUGAGCAAAAUUCACUCGGUUCUCUCAGAUAAAGAUAAACGUGCUUUGUAUGACGAGAAAGGCAUCAUUGAUGAGGACGACGAGGAUUCACUUGGAACAAAUUGGUUAGCGAUGUGGCAACAAUUUUUUAAACCAAUUACAACCGAAGACAUUUCUAAAUUUGAAAAGGAGUUUAUUGGAUCGGAACUGGAAAGAGGAGACAUCAAAAAGGCUUACCUGAAUGGUAAGGGUUCUAUGGAUUACAUGCACAACUGUGUUCCUUUUAUGAGCUGUGAAGAUGAACCUCGGAUAAUCAGCAUUGUCAAAGAAAUGAUUGCAUCUGGCGAAGUUCCUGAAUUUAAAACCUUUACUGAGGAACCAGAAUAUAAAAAAGAGCGACGUCGUAAGAAGGAGGCCAGAGAGGCGCGCAAAGCUGAAUCUAUUAAGAAACAAAUGGAAGACAAUAAUUUGGAACAACAAAUUUUACAACGCCAGGCAGAGAGAGCACAAGACUUUGAUUCACUAAUUGAAAAGUUGGCGUUGAAAUAUGGUGAUGAUAAUACAGACGAUGCUUUCGAUAUUGAUGAAUAUACAGCAAGAAAAAAACCAGGGGCAAAAAAUUCUCCAUUGAAAAGACUUUCAAACAAACGGAUUACAAAGCGAAACAAACCCACUUCAUAAAAUCCAACUUACUGAACUGAAUACAUUUUUCAAUAAUUUUUAAUUGAUGUUAAUAUCUGAGUUAAUAAACCAUCGAAAAUUGCU